AUGUCCGAAGAUGGCGUGCUUGACAAGUCAUCUGUAAACAGAUUCUUCAAGUACAUAAGGAUGCAGUCGAAUAACAAAAGAUGUGCAGACUGCAACAACCCGUCGCCAAUAUGGGUGACAGUGACUUACGGAUUCUUUAUAUGCACGGAAUGUGCAGCAAAGCAUAGAGAGCUCGGUGUUGGAACAACUAAGGUAAAAUCUACGAUUCUAGACACAUGGAGCCUUUCUGAGCUCCGACGAGUGUAUGUAUCCGGAAACUCCAAUGCUCCGAAGCUUGGGAAGGUUACAGAUCUCCGGACUAAAUAUACAAAGGCAGCGUGGUACUCCAAGGUUGUUGACGAGUUGUCUGGGAAGAGCGAAAUGGAUGAACCCGGCACCCUGUUCAUUGAUAACUUAUCCAAAAGAACAGAGAGGGCCUUAGAGCCCAGAAAGAUAGAGGAGAGGAGGAUGCCCAGGUUUUCCGACUCUGAUGCAAAGUAUGUGGAGGAGAAGAGCACAGUGGCUGAGAAGGAGCUCAGGGAAUUGACGGAGUCCAAUACCAACAUGGACAGGCCGGUUACCAUCAAAAGAAAUUCGCUUCCGUCUCUUCGGACGUCUGAAAAGAGGGGCUUCAAUGUUGAAAGCACUGGAUCUGAUGCAAAAAAGCUCGGAUUUGGAGCGCUAAAUCUACUGAAGGAUGGCAAAGAUAAUCCCUCCUCUGAAAAAGGAGAAAGCCCCAAAGUGUGUAAGGAUCCUUUUUGCCAGGAUGAAUCGAAAUAG